AUGAAGCACCCACGAACCAGACCCACCCUCCCUUCCCCCAAUUUCCACAAGUAUCUCAAACCCGGCGCCCUCGCUCGCAUCCGCGAUUCCCGCAUCAGAUCUAACCGUCACGACUCCAUCCCUCACUUCCCUCCUCCUCCUCCGUCCUCCUCCUCCCCCGCCGCUGCCGCCGCCGACCACCACAACCCACCGCCUACUCCCCCACAUACCUUCCCUUUCUUCGUCUCCACCAUGUGCGGCCCCCGAUUCCCCCAGCGGAAGAAGCUAUGCGCUCCCAAGUCUGUUCUCUUCCUUCCCUUGCCUGAUUCCACCGAUCUGAUCAUCGACUCGUUCUCCGCAGAUAUCCUCGCCAACUGA